UUCGGAACCAUGGGAAGGUCCCCUUGCUGUGAAAAAGCUCACACCAACAAAGGCGCUUGGACAAAGGAAGAAGACCAGCGUCUCAUCAGUUACAUCCGCGCUCAUGGCGAAGGCUGUUGGCGUUCCCUUCCCAAAGCUGCAGGUUUGCUUAGGUGUGGCAAGAGCUGCAGAUUGAGGUGGAUAAACUACUUGAGACCUGACCUCAAGAGAGGCAAUUUCACUGAAGAAGAAGAUGAGAUCAUUAUCAAACUUCACAGCCUGCUUGGAAAUAAGUGGUCUCUGAUUGCUGGAAGACUCCCCGGAAGAACAGAUAACGAGAUAAAAAAUUACUGGAACACACACAUUAAACGCAAGCUUAUUAGCCGCGGCAUUGACCCUCAAACGCACCGCCCUCUCAAUCCCGCCGCCGCCGCAGCUCCUCUUCCGGCGAAGACCUGCCUGGACUUGAGACGCUCAACGCCGCCGCAAGCCACCACAUCAAUGAAUGAGGCGACAAACAUUAACAUUCGCAGUCCGGCGAGGGAUAACUCGUCAUCAGGUGAUAAUACCAAAUGCAGCAGCACCACAACAGAGGAGUCCCGACCGGAGAUGGCAAACGAUCCUAGUUUCGCUCUCGAUUUAGAGUUGUCGCUGGGGCUGCCUUCUCUUUCCAAGUAUAAAAAAAGUUGCUCCUUUAAUUCAUCCGUCGAGUCGAAGCCCUUGUUCGACUUAUUGAGGCCGGCGGCGGAACCGCCGAUUCCGGAGGCCACGCAGGCCAUGUGCUUACGGGGGCAGUUGGGCUUUCAAGGGUCGGUCGUGUAGCAGUUGUCUGACUGCCUGCCUUUUGCCAAUAUUAUAACGGCGGCUUAUACAUAUACAUCUAUAUAUAUAUAUAUAUAUAUUUUACUUACUGUGUCAUUUUUAGGAUUCAUUUACGUCUUGAUUAAUGUUUUGUUUAUUUUUAUUGUAAUUACUUUUAUAUAAUUUGAUUGUGAUUAGCUAAUUAUUUCAUCUAA